UACCAUCCUGCCAUAAUGUGGUGGUGGCUGCUGCUCACUUUUCCUUUGAUUAUUCAUUCCCAAAAUAAGGAAUGGUGCGAUCCAAAUUUGUGCGACAACGGUGCCCACAUACUGUGCAAGGAUACUGGGAAGUUUUACAACUCGUGCCCACGAGAUCAGGCAGAACUCAUCCCAAUGACAGAUAGGGUCAUAUCGAUGUUCACGCAUGUGCAUAACGAUUUGAGAAACAAAGUAGCAGCUGGCUACAAGGAUAUGCCAAAGGCAGCGAGAAUGUUAGAGAUGAGAUGGGAUCUGGAUCUGGCGAAAGUGGCCGAGGCGGCUGUGAGGCUGUGUAGAUUGGAGAAGCUCUGGUGUGCCACAACGCCAAUGUAUAUGUGGACCGGUCAGAAUGAAGCUAUGGAUAUGUCUGACUGCCUCAAGAGUAGUGAUUUGGUAAUAAGAAAACACCUAGACGACUGGAUCAGGCAGGGAGACUAUGCACGUAAGAAUCAUUUGACUGAUCCUUUCUCUGGGAUAACCGUGACAUACUUUCUUCAAAUGGUACGCGAUAGAUGUGACCGCUUUGGAUGCGCCGUCAGUCGCUUUGUCGAUAGAAAUAUAACGCAUCAGCUAAUUAAAUGCAUAUAUAGGUGCACCUUUGCGGUGUCUAGCCCCACAAAUCCCGUGUACGAGGUUGCACUCACAAAAGGAGGUGAAAAAUGUGCUUCAGGCCGCAGCACUAUUUACACCCAAUUAUGUCAUCGAAAGGAAAAGGCUAUACCAUGUUUGGAUGAAGAUGAACCUACCACUACCACUGAAUCUACUACUCCUAGCAUAAUAACUAUUACUGGUGCACCGGGUCCCCCUGGGCCACCUGGUCCUCCUGGUGAAUGUGAACCUUGUAAGCCUGGUGAACCUGGUGCAACUGGUGAGCCUGGUGCACCUGGUGAACCUGGUGCAACUGGUGAGCCUGGUGCACCUGGUGCACCUGGUGCAACUGGUGAGCCUGGUGCACCUGGUGCACCUGGUGAACCUGGUGCGACUGGUGAACCUGGUGCGCCCGGUGAAAAAGGUGAUAAAGGUGAACAGGGUGAAAAGGGUCCUCCUGGUCCAGAGGGUCCAGAAGGUCCAAAAGGUCCACCUGGUCCUCCUGGUCCUCCUAGUCCUCCUAGUCCUAAUAUUCCUCCAGAUCCUGACCAUCCUCCUAGUCCUGAUCGUCCUCCUAGUCCUGAUCGUCCUCCUGAUCCUGGUGAUCCACUUCCUCCCCACCCUCCUCCAGGCACGUACUACCCUCCACCAAUACCAAAGAACCCCCCUAUUGCACCACCUGGACCAGCUUUUCCCUAUCCAUCACCGCCUCCACUGUAUGAGCACCCCCCGCCAUGGAUAACAAGAUUAGCUCAGAGUAUAGAUGGAGCACCACGAAGAAAAGCCCGACCGAGGCCCCGAAUCAACUCAAAAGAGUUAAGUAGCGCGGAAUAUGACUUCUCCGAUUUCGUGCAUGAUGUGGAUCCAUGUGACAGCUGCACCACAACACCUUGCAAAUUAAAACAUCAUUGUUUUUAAUUUAUUCGAGAGUUUUAUACAUCAGUUUCUUCAGUUUGAUGACUAUGCAGACUGUUCAUGAGCGUGAACGGAACCCGACAGCAAGUCACGUCACAAAUAAAAUAUACAUGCAAAUCACAUCUCAACCGGACCGCGUCAAGAUGUUCAUGAAAAUUAACAGGAAUCGAAAAGGCCAUCCCAUAAACAAUACAUGGAGUAAAAAUCGAUCAUAAAAUCCAGUAAUAUGUAUCUAUACCAUACAACAUACAUUUUAAAAAUAAAACUGUUCAAAUUUACAACUCAG